AAUCGAGUUGUCGGUGCGGCAAACAAGGGAAGCUGCGGGCCCUGAUUUUGGAUUUGCACUUGUUGACUCUUUCCUGCCUCCAUAUUAAAUCGGCUCUUGUCCCCUCUCCCUCCGUCUCUUUCUUUCCUUUCUAUCUUUCCAAGCAAUCCAUCCAGUCCCAUCAUCUGUCUUUCGCGUUCAUCUUCUUCGGUUGAUACCCCAUUCUUCGCGCCGUCGCUCUUCGAUUUCUGCUCUUGCACGUUUCCAUCUUCUUAUCACACACAAUGAAGACCUUCUCGCUCUCCCUCGCUCUUCUGGCCGCUGCCAGCAUGGUCAGCGCUGAUGUCUCCGUCAGCGACUGCGCUCAAAUGUGCCUUAGCAACAUGAGCAACAAGGCUUCUGAGCUUGGCUGCUCCAGCGGCGACAUGUCCUGCCUGUGCAGCAAGCCCGACUACAGCUACGGUAUCCGCGACUGCACCGCUCAGGCUUGCCCCAAUGAUGACGCCAACGCUGUUGUCUCGUCGGCUCUUGCUUCUUGCCCCACUUCCUCUGGCAGCUCCGACUCCGCUUCUGCUACUGGUGCUUCUAGCACUGGCUCCGGCGCUGGCGGUGCUGGAUCUACCACCUCUGCCUCUUCGGCUACCGGCAGUGGUGCCUCGUCUGCCUCUGGAACCAACAGUGGUAACACCAGCGGUGCCACGACUGGCGCUACCACCAGUGGAGCGACUUCUGGUGCCACCUCUGGUGCGACCACCCUGAGCACCAUCACCAGCACGAGCACUAGCACCGGCACUGUUUCUGGUCAGACCACUCUCAGCACUAUCACCGGCACCAGCACCAGCACUGGUACUGUCUCUGGUGCUACCUCCGGCUCUUCUGGCAGCUCUACCUCUGGCUCUGGCUCUGGAUCUGGCUCCAACGGCUCUGGCGGCUCUUCCUCUGCUACCGGAACUGCUCCCUCUUCCUCCGAGACCACUGGUGCUGCUCCCAAGCUUAACGUUGCCGGCAGUGGAAUCGCUGGUGCUCUUGGUCUCGCUGCUAUGUUCCUUCUCUAAGUGACUGGGCAAAUGACUUGAGGGCCUGGAUACUUCAGGCGCCAAGACAGGACUGAGAACCUGACUUGGAUUGUUUCACUAUUAUGGUUUACGACUUCUACGCUUUGUUUGCGGCUUGUAUAUGUUAAUAGGAUGGGUCAUAGCAUAAUGACUAGUAGAUAAUGUGCCGACUGCCCAUGAUCAUAAUCAUGGAUAUGCAGCAGCAUGGAUAGUUUAUGGAUGGUUUAAUGGAUCACCAGGUUGAUUUACACUCUUUCUCGGGUCGGUU